CGAAACAGCAACCGAAAAAAAAAAAAUAUACAUUUCUCCCUUUUCCUCUCUCUCUCUCUCUCUCUCUCUCACAUUCACUCACUCACUCUGUGCGUCCAUGGGGUGUGCACAGUCUAGGGUUGACAAUGAAGAGGCGGUGGCCAGAUGCAAGGAGCGUCGGAACGUGAUGAAGGAGGCGGUGGUGGCUCGCAACGCCUUCGCCGCCGGUCACUCCGCCUACGCCAUGGCGUUGAAGAACACCGGAGCUGCUCUCAGUGACUACGGCCAUGGCGAAUCUGAUCAAACCCUAGACCUGUCCGAUCACCAGCAGCCGCAUCACCACCACCAGCCUGUGGAUCCCGCCCCCCAGCCUCCUCCGCCUCCGCCGAUCGAAACCCUCCCUCCGCCGCCGCCUCCUCUUCCUAAGUUCUCUCCUUCUCCGAUCAAGCGCGCUAUUAGCUUACCCACAGAGGCUGUUCGAGGUAGGAAGCUUCGAGCGGCGGAUUCCAUGACGAUUGAGGAGGAAGGGGAAGAAGAUGAGGUGGACGAAGAGGAAGGGAAGGGUAGUUCUAGAGCCGGGGUUCGGAAGGUGGAGGAGGAGGAACAGGUUUCGCCGCGGACGCCGGAGAAUACUGGGAAUGCCGGAAAGCGACCGGAGACGCCGGAGAUGGUGACUCCGUCGCCAGCGAAUAACAUCGCCUGGGAUUACUUCUUCAUGGUGGAGAACAUGCCAGGACCCAGCUUGGACGAUAGGGAAAUCGGAAACGGGUAUGGGCAUCGGAACAAUGGUCUACAUAUGAAUGUCGAAGAAGAUGAGAUGUCUGGUGGGUUCCAUAAGAUCUCCGGAAGCAAUGCAGCUGAAGAAAUCGAGCCGAAGACGCCGGAGAAAAUGAUCGAAGAAGAACACGAAGAAGAAGAUGAUGAUGAAGAAGAAGAAGAGGAAGAGCAUGUGGUGGCGGAGGCAUUGAAGAAUAACAAGAAAGGGAAAGCUAAGAUUGAGCACUCGAACACGGCUCCUCCAGAUUUCCGGAAUGUGACUGUCAAAUCCGUAACGUCGAACGUGAACCUGAUGAAGAUUCUGGAUGAGAUCGAUGACCGAUUCCUUAAGGCGUCAGAGAGUGCCCAAGAAGUGUCCAAGAUGUUGGAAGCAACGAGGCUACAUUAUCAUUCUAAUUUCGCAGAUAACCGAGGAUAUGUCGAUCAUUCCGCAAGGGUAAUGCGGGUUAUAACUUGGAAUAAAUCGUUAAGAGGUAUUUCCAAUGGUGAAAGCGGAAAAGAUGACCCCGAGUCUGAUGAGUAUGAAACUCAUGCCACUGUUUUGGACAAGUUAUUAGCUUGGGAGAAGAAACUCUAUGACGAAGUCAAGCAAGGUGAGCUUAUGAAGUUAGAGUAUCAGAAGAAGGUUUCUUUACUGAAUAGGCAGAAGAAACGAGGGGCUAGUGCAGAAACCUUAGAGAAAACUAAGGCGGCCGUGAGCCAUCUGCACACAAGAUACAUUGUCGACAUGCAGUCCAUGGAUUCAACCGUCUCGGAAGUGAACCGUUUAAGGGAUGAACAGUUGUACCCGAAACUCGUUUCCCUCGUCCAAGGGAUGGCAAAGAUGUGGGGAAACAUGUGCAUACACCAUGAUACCCAGUUAAAGAUAGUUGGAGACCUCAAACCCCUAGAAAUCUGCGGCUCUCUGAAAGAAACCACCAAACACCACCACGAGCGGACCCGUCAAUUCGGAAACAUCGUGGAAGAAUGGCAUGUCCAAUUCGAGAGGCUUGUUAUGCAUCAGAAACAGUACAUCAACGCUCUCAACAGCUGGUUGAAGCUCAACCUCAUUCCCAUCGAGAGCAGCCUAAAAGAGAAGGUCUCUUCCCCUCCCCGACCUCAGCGGCCACCGAUCCAAGCCCUUCUUCACACAUGGCAUGAUUGGCUCGAGAAACUCCCCGACGAGGUCGCCAAGUCAGCGAUCUCGUCCUUCGCGGCCGUGAUCAAAACCAUUUUGCUUCAUCAGGAAGAAGAGAUGAAACUGAAGGAGAGAUGCGAGGAGACCCGGAAGGAGUUUCUUAAAAAGAACCAAGCUUUCGAGGAAUGGUACCAGAAACACUUGCAGAAAAGAGGACCCGACGAAGCAGAAGGCGGAGAAGAUGGAGCAAGCGUGACGAACCCCAAAGACCCUGUCUCAGAGAGAAGGUUUGCAGUGGAGACACUGAGAAAGAGGCUCGAAGACGAAGUGGAAGCGUACCAGAGACACUGUGUUCAGGUGAGGGAGAAAUCUCUGAACAGCUUAAAGAUCAGAUUGCCGGAGCUGUUUCGGGCGCUGUCCGACUAUGCUCAUGCCUGCGCUGAUGCAUACGAGAAGCUUAGGAUCAUAACGCAGAAGGAGAAAUCACAUGCUGCAGCCGCUGCAUCUUCUUGAACUGGUUUUGUUUUUUUUUUUUUUUUUUUUUUGGGGCACGGAGAUGGAGUUGUUCUUGUGCUUGUGCUUUUGUCGUUGUAUUAUUAUCUAGUGCCAUGACCAUGAUCACUGCUCAACUCUUUUCAAUGGUAGUUUUUAGGCUUGUAUUAUCCUUUUAA